AAAGCCGCACAGGAACAGAAAGAUCGCGUCGAAUUGCUCAAAUGGCUGUGUAAUAUCGACCACACCGAACUCUACAAUAGUGCUCGCAAUAAGUACAAGGAUGGUACGGGCGAGUGGCUCAUAGAUGGGAGUGAGACAUUCAAGGCAUGGGAGGCGAGCACGGCUCUUAAAUCUUUUUUAUGGCUCCAUGGAAAAGCCGGCUCUGGGAAGUCCAUCUUGAGUUCUUCCGUGAUUAAGCAUCUACAAAGCCGAAAUAAGGGGAUCGCCACGACGGUGCUCGCUUAUUUUUAUUUUAGUUUUAGCGACAUCCAGAAGCAGAGAGUUGACGGAAUGCUCGAAUCGCUGAUUAAACAGAUUACUGCCCAUCGGCCUUAUACACCGCAUUCAGUACAAAGGCUUGGCGAAUAUAAAAACAAUGGAGGCCGUCCAGAUACUGAAACGCUUCUUGAAGCGCUAAUCGCCUCAAUGCAGGGAUUCUCAGCCUACGUCCGUUGCCAGUUUGAAAAUUUGCAGAAAUUAUCUUCCACAGACGCCGUCCGCAAGGCUCUCCGAGAUCUUCCUAGCGGACUCGAUUCAACAUAUGACAGAAUGCUCCUCAGCAUAGACGCGGAUUUCCAACCACAGGUCAUAGCAUCGCUGAAAUGGCUUGCCUUUUCAGUCGAGCCCUUGGAGGUUGAUCAGCUUGCUGAGAUCUUUGUGCUUCCUUCCACGAUCGAAUCUGGAUUCGACAGGAUGUCUUACCUUUUUUCUCCGAUGGAUGUGCUGAAGUACUUUCCUGGACUAAUGGUUACCCAGAUUAGCCACAAUCAUUGGGACAGAAAACUCUAUGUCAGACUGGCUCAUUUUUCGAUCAAGGAGUACUUGAUAUCUGAUCGAAUCUCUCAGGGCAAGCUUAUUGACAGUGAGCCGCGUAUUGCAGACUGUCUGCGUUUUAUAUUCGACAACGGCGCCGGUGUCAACAUGAAGGAAAACUGUUCCUUAGCGGCGGCGCUCUCUGUGGCAGCACGUCAUGAGAUGGAAGAGGUAUCACGACUGCUGCUAGAUAGAGGUGCGAAUGUGAACGAGCCGGCCGGGCAGGACGGCCACCCACUUCAGACGUUGAUAACCAAUGUGUCUCGCCCUAGUCUUCGCUUCCUAGAGUACAUGCUCAACCGCGGCGCAGAUCCUAACGCUCAGGGAGGGACUUACAACACAGCCCUACAGGCUGCAUGCGCUACUAUGUACUCUGAUAACAUUGAUGCAAUGACCCAAGUCAUGGAGCUAUUAAUUGACAGAGGUGCUGAUGUUUCUAUUCAAGGGGGGAAAUACGGAACGGCGUUUCAGGCAGCAUGCUGCAAUGACGACGUCCCGACCACUGUUAUAGAUUUAUUACUAGAGAAAGGCGUUGAUGUGAAUGCUCAAGGAGGGCGCUAUGGCAACGCCCUCCAGGCAGCGUGCCAGCGCCAUAUCAGAAAUGAUGCAUCUUACGGGGAGAAGAAACGCCGCCAAGAGUGCAUGCUGGAAAUAGUACAACUGCUUCUGAAUCGCGAUGCCGAUGUUCAUGCUCAAGGCGGCUAUUAUGGGACGGCACUUCAAGCGGCCUGCGCGAAACAGAAUGAGGAUAUAGUCCGCCUCUUGAUUAAUCAUGGCGCCGAUGUCCAUGCUCAAGGUGGUUAUUAUGGGACGGCGCUCCAAGCGGCCUGCGUGGAACAGAACGUGGAUAUAGUCAGCCUCUUGAUUGACCGUGGUGCCGAUGUCACCGUUCAGGGUGGACGAUACGGCACUGCGCUCCAGACAGCUUGCGUAACCGGAAGCUUGGAGUUGGUGCGUCUACUGCUGGAAAAAGGUGCUCGCGUGAAUGAUGAAGCCGGAUAUCAUGGCACCGCAUUGCAAGCCGCCUGCGCAAAUAGUCAUAUCAAGGUGGUGCGUUUACUCCUUGAACACGGAGCCGAUGUUCAUUUGCGGAACAAUGGCGCCUGGCACGUAGCUGCACGCUCCAGAGACGAUGACCUUGUGAGGCUGCUGCUUGACCACGGCGUUGAUGUGAAUGACGCACAUGGCUCGCAUGGCUCGGCUCUUCAGGCUGCGGCAGCAUACUCGGGCCAGACGCCUACCAUCAACAUGCUGCUAAACAGAGGAGCCCAUGUGAACGCCCGCGGGGGCAAAUAUGGCAGUGCCUUAAACGCCGCAGUUAUCGCAGGUUUUUGGGAUAUCGUUCAGGUCUUGCUUGACGCUGGUGCG